CACUUUAUGUGAGUCCUGCUCGCUGAAGGCAACACAAUGAGAGCUUUCCUCUCAGUCUGAGAGGCUGUUUCUAUUUCUUUCGAUUUACUUUCUCCUGUGCAGAGAGUCACAGCAGACUUCCCUUUCCUCACAGCACUUGUUGGGACCUCUCCCCUCCUCGCCUGUUUGUUAUUUUUGAGUUUUGGGAAGUAUGCCGGUUGUUGGCGUCGCCUCCAAACUGAGGCAGCCGGCCUCAUUGGGCAGUAAGCCGGUGUCAAUCAAAUCCCAAUACCAGCCGGAGAGGACACCUGAAGGGAAGUCCAGAGCUGAGACGGAGGAGAGCAAAAUCUGCAAGAUUUACACAGACUGGGCGAAUCACUACCUGGCGAAGUCCGGCUGCCAGCGGCUCAUCAAGGAUCUGAGCCAGGACGUUACUGAUGGAGUGCUGCUGGCCCAGAUCAUCCAGAUCAUAGCGAAUGAGAAGGUGGAGGAUAUCAAUGGCAGCCCGAGGAGCCAGUCGCAGAUGAUCGAGAAUGUGGACGCCUGUCUCAAUUUCCUGGACGCAAAAGGAGUGAAUGUAACGGGGCUCUCAGCAGAAGAGAUCCGUAAUGGCAACCUGAAGAGCAUCCUGGGCCUCUUCUUCAUCCUGUCGCGCUACAAGCAGCAGCAGCAGCAGCAGCAGCAGUACUUCCAGUCUCUGGUGGAGCUCAGCCAGCAGAGCAGCAGCUCCUCAGCCUCCAGCAGCCGGACCGCAGACAUGCAGUCCAGUCUCACAGCGCGGUAUGCAAGUCCUCCGGGCCACAGUGGGUUAGGGUCACCACAGAAGAAAAAUACGAGGUUACCGGGCCCCUCCAGAGUUCCUGCUGCAGGCAGCGGGGCCUCCAGGAGUUCGGGGUCCUCCAACCUCAACCGUCGCAGCCAGAGCUUCAACAGCAUCGACAAGAGCAAACCUCUUCAGUAUGCCAGCGGAAACGACAGAGAGGCGUUGAGGGGGAUCCCGUUGCCGGGCGGGAUGAACGGGAGCUGUUCUGGCGGCGGCUCGGUUCCCAGUAGCCUCAGCGGUCAGCAGCUGAUCUCCUCCUCCAUCCCCUCGCCAACCAAAUCCUGGAGAAGCAAAUCCAUGAAUCUGAAGCACAGCGCCACCUCCUCCAUGCUCUCCAGCCCCACGCUCUCCCCCUCCGAGGCCCCUGAAGCCCUCCAUGAUGGGUCAAAAGUAGGCGGUGGUGGGCAUCAUCAGAGGUCAAUGUUGGAGAAGUUUCGCUUGAUUAACCCCAGAUCGGCGUCUCGAGCGUCUCCAUCUGUGGCGGAAAUGUCUCUUGAGGAGGAAGACGAUUUGUCGGAGUACGGUGAGGACGGAUUUACGAAUUUGGCGUGCAGCGGUGGAAGUAGUUCUACAGCAAAUCAGAUAUCAACAAAAACCCCAUCUCCAUCCAUCACUGCACCAAUCAAAACGUCCCCUUCUUCUUCCUCCUCCUGCUCUAAAGCCAAUAAUAGCGGCAGGACAGGAGCAUCCUCCAAAGACAGGGAGGACAAAAGCAGCAGCAGAUCUGGACAGAAAUCUUCUAAGGACAGUUCUUCGCCCAAAGAGGAGUCGUCGCCCACUGACGGGAACAAGAAGAACUCCAAAAUCGCCAGUCUCAUCCCCAAGGGAGGGAAGCCUUCAAAGAAAGAUGGCGGCAACUCUUCAAGCGGCAUCCCCAAGUCAGGACUUAAAGCUCCUUCCUCCUCUUCCUCUUCAUCUUCCUCCACCUCAACGACGGCCAAGCCUCAGAGUCAAAUGCCGAGUCAGAGUCCGGCGUUACACAGCAGUGGGAACCUGAGAGGAGGAGAGGCCGACAGAGGAAAGAUGACUAAAGGAGGGCAGGGUGGGAGUUUCUAUAUCCAGCGAUCCAGCGGGGGCUCAGAGACAAAAAGAACCAGUUUGACCUCCUCCACCAGUACCUCUGCACUUUCUGGUUCCCUUGGGAUGCUGGGAGGAGGAGGAGGAGUUGGAGGAGGAGCGCUCGGAGGGAACGGAGUAGUUCAACUUCCUCAACAACAGCAGCACAACCAUCCAAACACUGCCACUGUGGCCCCCUUCAUGUACAGGACUUUCUCAGAGAACGACUGCACCAUGAUGGCCCCCGCAGAGCCCUGCCUCAGCCCCACCAAGGGGGAGCUGGUCUACAGCAAGACCGCCAAACAGUGCCUGGAGGAGAUCUCAGGAGAGGAUCCUGAAGCGAGACGCAUGAGGACGGUGAAGAACAUCGCUGACCUGCGACAGAACCUGGAAGAAACCAUGUCCAGUCUGCGGGGGACGCAGAUCACACACAGUACAAUAGAAACAACCUUUGACACCACCGUAACCACGGAGGUAAAUGGGCGGAGUCUCCCAGCCCUCACCACACGCUCCUCCCCCAUGGCCUGGCGUCUCGGCCAAUCACAAACCCCGCGUCUCCAGGCGGGCGACGCCCCCUCAAUGCCCGGCAGCUACGCGGCGGCGGCGCCCAGGGCGACCACGACGAGCGCCGGGUGCACCACAGGGCGCUACACUGGGCACUCUGACACUUCCAGGUUUGUGUUCAGAAGAGGGGUGAGGGGGGCGGAGCAAGGGGAGAAUGGAGGAGGAGGAGCAGGAGGAGGAGGAGGAGGAGGAAGAGGAGAAGGAGAAGGCGAUGAAGGGCAGCAGUCGGAGAUGGAGAUAACAGGGUACUUGAGUGAAGGAGAUAUCCUAGGGAGGAGCAACCGGACCAAUGAGAUCACCAGCGGAUACCUUACCGACGGCGGCCUUCAUCUGUAUUCGAGGAGCGCAGGCCGAGCCUCGGACUCUUCUACUUCUCAAGAUGUUUCCCAGAAAGGCAGCAAAGAGAUGCAGGGCGACAUCGACAGUUGGGACGACAGCAGCUCUGUGAGCAGCGGUCUGAGCGACACGUUGGACAACAUCAGCACCGACGAUCUGAACACAGCCGCCUACUCUGCUGUCAGCUCGUCGACACGCAAGAGCAAAGGAGCGCAGUCCCAGAAAGGCAGCAGAUCGAAGCAUGCCGAGCAGGAAGUGAGCAGCAGCUGGGCCGGAGCUGAAGACCUGAAGAAGGUGGAGGAGGAGCUGGAGGCAAGCAUGGACGCCAGCGGAGGAUCCUCUCGAUGGAAGGCUUCCUCCUCCUCGUCUUCCUCUUCCUCUUCCUCUCAAACCCAGGGCCAGCAGUACGAAGACGCCGAGCAGAAAGCCGCCGCGCUCGCCCAGAUGUCCCAGACGGGCUCGUGGAGGAGGGGCAUGACGGCCCAGGUGGGGAUCACACCCCCCAGGACCAAGAGUAGCUCUGCUGCUCACAAAACACCAGGAAAAACGGACGAUGCUAAGGCUUCAGAGAAGGGAAAGUCUCCUUCCAAGAGUUCAGCCGCCAUCCAGCGCUCGCCCUCAGACGCUGGGAAGAGCAGUGGAGACGAAGGGAAGAAACCUCCCUCUGGAAUCGGACGCCCAACCACCACCGCCUCCUUCGGAUACAAGAAGAUCCCCGUUCCUGGCGGUACUCUAAUAACCUCCAGUGGUGCCACGCUCUCCAGUGGAUCAGCCACGCUGGGAAAAGCUCCAAAGUCAUCCGCUGGCAUCGGAAAAGGCUCCGUUAUCGGUGGAGGUCGUAAAACCAGCCUGGAUGGAUCUCAGCCCGAGGAUGAAAACGACGUUCUGCUCAGCUGUAGCGGAUCAAAACUGAGCCUUCAAUACCGAUCUUUGCCCAGACCGGCCAAAUCCUCCAGUUCUGUGUCGGCGGGACGAGGCGGACAUCGAUCCAGCUCCACGAGCAUCGACUCUAACGCCAGCGGAAAGUCAGCAGCAGCGAAUCAGGCCAAACGAAGGGAAGGAAAAGUGACCUCGGAGAGAUCGAGUCCCGUCACGAUCAACCAGACGGACAAAGAGAAAGUGGGCGUGUCCGAUCCGGACGCAGGACUCUCCACUUCCCCCAAAGCCAGCCCAACCGCAACCUCAGCGAGCCAAUCAGGACUCAGACAGCCGGGAUCCAAAUACCCAGACAUCGCUUCUCCUACUUUCCGCAGAUUGUUUGGCACCAAAGCCAGCAGCAAGGCCAGUUCUCCGGGCACCCCUGACUCUGGGAAGUGCCCGUCGGUGCUGGGGAGGCAGGCCAGUCUGGACUCGCCCUCCUCGGGGAGUCUGGGCAGCGCCGGGGGUCUCAGCGGAGGCAGCAGUCCGCUCUACGGGAAAACCCCCGAUCUGUGCAGCGAGUCCCCCGCCUCCAGCCCUGCGUCCGGCCUCUCGCUGCCCUCCAACGCUCGGCCCUGGCCCACAUGUGGCUCCUCGCAGGGCAGUAAGGACACUCUGAGCUGCCAGAGCAUGAGCAGUCUGACGGCCAGCUCCAUCGAGUCCAUCGACCUGCCGCUGGGGCACCAGGGGCACAAGGUGGCUCGCACCGGCAGCGUCAAGUCCACCCUGUCCGAGGGCAUGCCUCUUGACAGAAACACGCUCCCCAAAAAGGGACUGAGGUACCCUCCGUCCUCCAGGCAGACGUCCCAUGAGGAGGGGAAGGAGUGGUUGAGGUCUCACUCCACAGGGGGGCUUCAGGACACCGGCAGCCAAUCACCUCUGUCCCCUCCUGGAGCCUCGUGCACCACGGGGAGAUACCACUACUCCAACCUGCUGAGUCCCACUAACAGCAGCCAGUACACCCUGCCCCCCCCCAGCAGCAGCAUGAGUCGCUCUAACAGCAUCCCGGCCCACGACUCCUUCGACCUGUACGGAGAGGACCACCCUCUGGGGGGCAGCAACACCUCUCUGGAGGACCGGCAGAGAGGCAUCAGCCGCUCGGGGUCCUUCAGGGACAGCACGGACGAAGUCCACGGCUCUUCGCUGUCUCUGGUCUCCAGCACGUCUUCACUCUACUCCGCGACGGAGGAGAAAGCCCACUCAGAGGGCCAAACAGUCCAAAAUUCCACGCAAAUCAGAAAGCUUCGCCGCGAGCUGGACACCUCUCAGGAGAAGGUGGCGACCCUGACGUCUCAGCUGUCUGCCAACGCUCACCUGGUGGCAGCCUUCGAGAACAGUCUGAGCAACAUGACCUGCCGCCUGCAGAGCCUCACCAAUACGGCCGAGCAGAAGGAGACGGAGCUGGUGGAGCUGAGGGAGACGAUCGAGUGUCUGAAGACCCAGAACACUGACGCUCAGACCGCCAUCCAGGUGGCGCUCAACGGACCGGACCACCUGCACAAAGACCUGCGGAUCAGACGGCAGCACUCUUCAGAGAGCAUGUCGAGCAUCAACAGCGCCGCGAGUCACUCCAGCAUGGGCAGCCUGGGGAAGGACGCCGAGGACAAGAAGAAGAAGAAGAAAAGCUGGGUGUCCGACUCCAUCCCCGCUCAGUUGCGCAGCUCCUUUAAGCAGGCGUUCAGCAAGAAGAAAUCUAAAUCCCAGUCGGCCCACGAUGAGAUGGAGGAGAUGCCCGACUCGAUGCCUUCUUCCCCAAAACUACAGCACGACAACAGGCAGGGCAGCAUCGCCACGCUGCACUCCUCCGCCUCCACCACAGAGCUGUGUGAAUGCACGGAGGCCGAGGCGGAGACGAUCCUCCUUCUGAAGAACGAGCUGAGGGAGAAGGAGCUCAAACUGACUGACAUCCGAUUGGAGGCGCUAAGCUCCGCCCACCAUCUGGACCAGAUCAGAGAGGCCAUGAACCGCAUGCAGAAUGAGAUCGAGGCGCUGAAAUCGGAGAACGAUCGCCUCAAAUCCAGCGGGAAUGCCACGCCGACGGCCCCUCCCCCCAAAUCUGCCCGCCCUCCGUCCGAAACCUCAAGCACGUCUUCGUCCUCCUCCCGUCAGUCGCUGGGUCUGUCGCUCAACAACCUGAACAUCACAGACAGCUUCAUGUCCGAUAUUCUGCUGGACGACGGCUACGAGGGAAAUCUGCGAAAAGAAGGACGAAGUGUUCGGAUAGUGGUGACCAUCAGCAGAGGACCGUACUCUACCAAGGGUAAACAGAGCCACUCGUACCUGAUUGGGUCUAUAGGUGUGAGCGGGAAAACCAAGUGGGACGUCCUGGAUGGAGUCAUUCGACGUCUCUUCAAGGAGUAUGUGUUUCGGGUGGACCCUCUCACCAGUCUGGGUCUCAGCUCGGACAGCAUCGUCUGCUACAGGAUGGGCGAUGUGAUUCGCUCUCACACCUCCAAAGUGCCUGAGCUGCUGCCCUGCGGCUACCUGGUGGGCGACAGCAACAUCAUCAAGGUCAACGUCAAGGGAGUGAAGGAGAACAGCAUCGACAGCCUGGUGUUUGACACUCUGAUCCCUAAGCCCAUCAUCCAGCGGUACCUGAACCUGCUGAUGGAGCACCGGCGGAUCAUCCUCUCCGGACCCAGCGGCACCGGGAAGUCCUUCCUCGCCGCCAAACUGGCCGAGUUCAUCAUCUCCCAGCUGGGCCAGCAGGUGACCGAGCACAACGUGGCCAGCUUCAACGUGGACCAGAACUCCAGCAAGGACCUGCGUCAGUACCUGUCCAACCUGGCGGAGCAGUGUAACUCAGAGGAUUCGGACACGGAGCUUCCCACGGUGGUGAUCCUCGACAACCUGCACCACAUCGGAUCCCUGAGCGACAUUUUCAACGGCUUCCUCAACUGCAAGUACCACAAAUGCCCUUACGUUAUCGGGACCAUGAACCAGGGAGUGUCCUCUUCCCCUAACCUGGAGUUACACCACAACUUCAGGUGGGUGUUGUGCACCAACCACACCGAGCCGGUGAAAGGGUUUCUGGGACGUUUCCUGCGGAGGAAGCUGAUCGAGACGGAGAUCAAUAAGAGCUCGAGGAGCAACGAUCUGAUCAAGAUCAUCGACUGGAUCCCCAAAACCUGGCAGCACCUCAACGGAUUCCUGGAGGCUCACAGCUCCUCCGACGUCACCAUAGGCCCUCGUCUCUUCCUGUCCUGUCCGAUGGAUGUAGAAGGAUCCAGAGUUUGGUUCACAGAUCUGUGGAACUACUCCCUGGUUCCCUAUCUGCUGGAGGCCGUCAGGGAGGGGCUUCAGUUAUACGGGAAGAGAGCAGCGUGGGAGGACCCCUCUAAGUGGGUGAACGACACGUACCCGUGGAGCGGCGCCUCGCAGCAGCCGGACGCUCAGACUCUGCUGCAGCUGAGGCCGGAGGAUGUGGGCUACGACAGCUACAGCUCCUCCAAGGAGGGAGCCUCCUCCAAACAGGUGUCCCAGAGCGACACCGAUGGAGACCCCCUGAUGAACAUGUUGCUACGGUUACAGGAAGCGGCCAAUUACUCGAGCACGCAGAGCUACGACAGCGACAGCACCAGUCACCAUGACGACCAGCUGGACUCCUCGCUGGAGUCGGCGCUAUGAGACCCUCCGUGGUGCCCAGACAUAUAUCAUAAUAUAAUAUAAUAUAUACAUGAAAAGUUUUAUCAUCCAAAAUGGUACAGCGGGCCACCAUUCACAUUACAAACGGUGCAAUACUGAGUCUAAAUAUUGCCAAUUUGGUGGACAAAGUGUCAAACAAUCAUUUUAUUUUAAACACAGAUCAUGUUUUAUUGGAUAUAUAACAUUUUAGAAUACAACUUUUCAUAUAUGUGUCGGCAGGAAGGAGUCAGCUGUGAUGAGACACAGAAAGAAAAAAAGACAAAGCCAAGAAUUUGAAACUGGAUUUUUCUUUUUUUUCAAAUCCCAGAUAUGUAUCUUCAGAUGUUUACAAUGGGAGGGUGGGGUGUUCUGUUGUUUAUGUCUCUCCUUGUUUACAGAGGUGCUUCACACACACACACACACACACACACACACACACACACACACACACACACACACACACACACACACACACACAAACACGCACACUUAUACACUCAUGCACUUACACACGGGCAGCAGGAGGACACUGACUUUUAAUCACAGGCUGUAAACGGUUCAACCAAAAAAUCCAGACGACGCCUUUUCUAACAAAGACCACAUUGUACACCCUUAUCUCUGAGCCCACCUGUAAAUUAGAGUAGAUUAACCCUCCUCUCGUGGUAAUUUCUCCCCCAGUGACAUUUUUUAUUUUUAACCAGAUGUGGAAGAAGUAUUCAGAUGCUUCACUUGACUAAAAGUACCAACACAUUAUUGUCAAAAUACUUCGUCCUGCAUUUAAAAUCUUACUUAACAAAAUAUUAUCUAAAAAAGGUUCCUACAGAAUAACAUUCAAAGUAAUCAUUGUACAGAAAAAUUGCCUUUAUUUGUGUAUAUGAUUAUUUUUAUAUAUGUUACAUCUCUAGAUAAUCGAGUAGCAUUUUACUGUUAUAGACAAACAAAGUUCUGAUUGACUUUUGGUAAAAUAUUUAAAUAAUGUGAGUCUUUUUCUAACAAAAUACAUCUCUGAAAAUGUAACUAGUGGACUAAGUUAGUCCACUUUUAAAUGUAGUGGAGUAGAAGUAUGAAGUAGCAUCAAAUGGAAAUACUCAAAAUUGUACUUGGUACUCAGUAAAUCUACUUCGUUACUUCCCACCUCUGGUUUUAACUGCUCUUACAUUAACACAAAAACAUUAAUCAUCACCACAUUAUAUUUAAUUCCCUUUAAGCUGUAAAACGUCUCAAACUACUGGUUCACAUCAGUCACCGCGGGAAAUAUACAAAGAGAGGAGGCACCAAAAAGGUAUUCCUAAAUGAACUUAUUUAUGGGUGUGUAUUAUCUGAUAGGGUUACCCAUUCAUUUCCUAUGGCGACAUUUUUUACUAGGAACAUCAUAGGUGUACCAAAGUUCAAUGAAAGUGGGGAUAAAUGCCUACUGUGGAGGAUAUCAUAAGGACUUGAAGCAAUCAAAUAUAAAACACAAUAUUUAUGAUUGAAGAAAAUUGUAAAUUGGUCAGAUUUUACCCGAACACGACAGGAGGGUUAAAGUGAAUCCGGGUGAUGUACCGCCCUCUGGUGGCCACAAUGGAGGCAAGUAUGAGGCAUUUGAAAAGCCUCUGCAGACAAACUAGCUCCACAAUAAUUACAUUUUUUACACACUCACUCACUCUCACACACACACUCACACCCGAGGUCAGUUGAGCUUCAUGGUGCUCAGUCCUCAGCUCCUCAAGCACGACUAAAGUGCUUAAUUGUCCGUGUGUCAUUCAGUCACAUUUCUACUGUGAAGAACAAAAUGGAAAAAAGUGCCAAUGUUUUUGAUUUGACUGCCAAAUGUGCACACACAAACACAGAGACUUAACAUCACGGGGUUGUAAACUUAGAUUAAGUUGUUCUUGGCCUUGCACGCUCUGCAGUCCGUCGUCAAUGUAGCUUAGCAUCUCACAGAACUGUCUUCAUUGACUGCUUGCUAAUCCCCUCUUUUCAACUGAGUUUCACCAAUCAUUUGCAAACUUUCUCGAGUUCAAGACAUACUCAGUAUUUAAGCAGUUUGGAGGGUUAGUUGCAAAGGAUAUAUGAUUGUCUUACUAGUCUAACUUGCUCUUUAUUGAACUUGGAGAAAGCAACUCCAGCAGAUAUUGCUCUGAGAUAGCGUUAGCAUAGCAUUAGUCCUCAUCGAAAAAACCUUUAAUUUAAUGGUAAAAAGGGAACUACACGGGGCAAUUAUAUCAUAUAUACUUUAUUUCUUUAUCUGGAUAAUGUUAUAUGUCACAAUACAGCAUGGUAUCUAUGAGAAAUGUUAUCUUAAGAAGAUAAAAUAUAUUGAUUUAUCGCCCAGCCCUACUGAAUAUAUAAUGAGAAAAAGGUAUGCAAGCUAAUCAGCAAAACAGAUGUAUGAUAGAGGUUUGAUUUUACUCUGCUUUACACUGCAGAACUGAUGUGUAUGUCGAUAUCUAAAUGAAGCUGGCAAGAAUGCUAACCGUUAGCUAGGCACAUGCUGCUUCAGCGUCAGUCCUCUUUUCGGAUAUCAAUAAAACGAGUCAUUAAAAAGUCUGACGUUAGCUUAAUUAGCUAGCCACAUCUGUUAUUGUUAGCUGCAUUGGUGCGAGAACCCAAAGCCCGACAGAACGGAGAGAAACUGGGCUUAGCAAACAGUCAAUUUCCCAUCGCUGAUUCAUUUUGACAUUAAUGUUAGCUGCAUGAAAAUCACACGGGUGGGUUUACUGCAAGAAAAGCAGAACACUGAUAUAUGUCAACGCCUCGGCUUCAACAGAUAUGAGUCAACGCUGAUCAGUAAAAGUGAAUUAAUGCAAGCUUACUGUCCAGCUUGCUAAGCGUCUGCACCUAUGUGGAAUCCUUGAGGUACCAAAAAGAGUCCAAAGUGUUUUGACAAAUGCAAGAUGAGGGAACAACGAUACUGGUGCUUUCUCACUGCCUAAAAUGUGCAAAAGAGCGGGAGGAAUCCUCGACUCCCAUUGGCUAAAGUGAGAAAAAGACUGUCAGACGAAGCUGUCAGAAAAACAGCCUCUUUUUGUUUAUUUCUCGCUCCCUCUUCCUCCAAACCGCCCUUUUUAUUUGUGUUUCUGACAGUUAAAGUAUAAAAGAGUUGAAGCUGUCUUUGACUUUAAAAACUGACCAAUAUUGUAAAAACAUUUAAAAAGGGGUGGGGUAUUUUUUAAGUUGUCGUUUUCCGGCACAGUUGAGCUGGGCUCACUUGAACUGACAGGAGCACAACCAAACUGUUUUGGGUUUUCUAGCCUGACGAGCAUGUUUUAAAAGCUUUUUAACGAAGAGACCUUUUUUUUCCGUUAUGUAUGCGUGUAUUGGACGGAAGCCAUUUUGAAUUUUGAUUGUCCUCUCUUUGUUUUUAUCGAGUGGGUUGGUUUUGCACACUUUGAGGUUUGGGGUGGGUUGUAAAUACUUAAGUCUUGCACAGUGAAUCAAAGAUGCCCUGUUGGUGUUACAGUAUGCUUAAGCCGCUGAGUAAAUUAUUGUACCUUUUGAAAACAGAGAGUAAAAAAAAAAAAUGCAAAAACUCAACACGCUGUCAGAAAACAGGUGUGUGUCUUGUGGAUGUUUUGCCUAUGCAAGAGGCAUACGGUGUACAGUAAGAAAACGUUUUUAAAUUCACUAAAAUCACCUAAAAUAGGAACUUUCUCAGUAUUCCCCCCCUUCAAGUCUAGUUGCCAACUCCUGUUGUGAACCUGGAAAUGUUGAGUACCCCAAAAUGUAUGAUAGAAAUGUAUAGUACGGGUCCCUAGCUUAUAGAAACUGCCAGAUGCUAACUUGCAUAAUGGGGAAUUUGCGCUAUUAGCAUAAGUGGCGUUAAUAAGCAUAUGCAGACAAUAGUUAAGAAAUGGCUUGGCCAAUUUCGGAGAGGUUUUGCAGGUUAUUGAAGAUGCUGAAUCCAUUUCUGAUAUUUUCAGGAUCCUAAAUGGCAGAUUUAACCAGGAAGUGGCCAUAUUUGUAAACCCAGUGGGCUGAUUUUGAUGAAUUCUGUGUCUAUUUUAAGCUUUAGAGGACUCAAAACUGCUACUUAUGAUCCUAAAAAUGUCGGAAAUUGAUUCAACAUCCUCAGAACCCCUAGCAAUUGUUACGCUAUUGUCAACAUAUGCUUAUUAAUGUUAAUGCAACUUAUGCUAAUUGUACAAACAUCUGCAAGUUAGCAUCCGGCAGUUUCUAUAUGCUAGGGACCCAUACUAUACAUUUCUAACAUAAAACUUUGGGGUACUUUCCAGGUUCUCACUGAUGGCAACUAGACUAUCCUGCAAUAAUAAUAUCUGGAUCCUCUCCGUCUUUAGGGAAUGCCUAAGAUGUUAUUUCCUCAGAUGAACUUCCUCUCUGGACAUUUUCACCCGAGUUUACCUUAUAGGCCUGCCAGCUGUCCGAAGGCACCGUACUGUAAUCAUUUACCAACAACCGGUGCUACUUAAGUCGAAAACUAUCGGAGAUUAAGGAGUCAUGUUGUCACAACCUCAGGACAAUCCUACCUGUGUUCAACCUCACAUCUGCUGCUUAGCCUCCGAUGGGUCGCACAUAAAUCUACCGGCCUUGUAAGUUGCAUGAUAAGGGGUUAGUAAACAACUCCUUACCUACAGUUACACCAAUGUUUAAAGGUCCCCUAUUAUACUGUUUUUCAUCAAUAUGUUAUAGGUCUCAGAUAUAUACAGAACCUGUCUCUGAUUGGCUGAAACACCAAACAGAUCAUUGCUUACACAUAAUGGUUACACAAGCCAAAACAUCGUUAUGACAUCAUAAAGUGGCCAAAAUCUGAUCAGCUCAUUUUCAGACAGGUUUUUAUAUAAAUGGAUCAGGACAAAAAGAGAGAGAAUCUUUUUUCCUGAAACUUUCAGAGUCUCUUUACACAGAGGGGACACAUUAUUUUGCAUAAUAGGGGACCUUUAAGAUCUGAUCCACACUUCUGUAGGCCGAGAGUUCCCGAUCUAGCAGAACUUUAACAGUGUUUUACACCAUAGUGUUGACGAUCCGCUGGUCAGUUUUCCCACUGUACACUUAUUGCAGUUACAUCUCAGUUAUAGCAUUUACUCUGGUUUGAGAGAAGGUUUUCUUGUUUUUGGGUGAAACAUUUGUCCUUAAAUGUUUUAUAUUUUGUACAUUUGUAUGUAACAUAUCAUGUAAAUAUACAGAGACAGUGUUUUAACUCAUCUGGAGGAUUUUGUAGUCUUUGUAAAGCCCUAAUAAAUGGUAUUUGGUGUCACACAA